CGUCGCCCACUUCGUCUUCACCCCCACAACCACCCACCAACACGUCUUCCCAGCUCCCACCGCCAUCAAAGCCCUCGCAAUCUCAACCACUUCCUCCGACACUCGCAGUCUUUAAUCUACAUCGGAACCCUCACCGGAGCUAUCUACUUACUCUCCUUAAAUCCCGCCGCCGACGAGAACGACCGUGUCUCGGUGAUCAAACACACCCUCAUCGGAAAUGGGUCGGCGAUAGUUUCCAUCCUCGUGGGAAAUCUGAAAAGGAUUAUUGUCCUUUCUGGCGAUGGUUUUUUGUAUUUAUUAGACUCGUUUUUGCUGGAAGCUCCAAAAAAAGUUAGUGUUAUUAAAGGUGGAGUCACUGCUUUUGCCCGUAGAUUUUUCAGUAAGAACUACAGUAAUUCUGAUAGAAUUUUGCCGAAAUUGAAUGGUGUAAAAAGUAAAGAAGAUGGUAGUUCUAGUAUUAGCAGCAGCAGCAGUGGUGGUGGUAGUUUCGUCGUGGCUGCCACAGGUAAAAAGUUGGUGCUGGCGGAGUUGGUUUCGAGUGGUUCAGUUGUGCUUUUGAAGGAAAUUUUGGGGGUUUUUGAGGGAAUGAUCAGGGAUUUGGCAUGGGUAGAUGAUUCGAUAAUAUUUGGGAAUAAAAGUGGGUAUUUUUUGUAUUCCUGUAUUAGUGGGCAAUGUGGGUUGAUAUUUUCGUUGCCCGAGUUGUCGGGGCAGCCGCAGUUGAAGUUGUUAGUGAGGGAAUGUAGAGUGUUAUUGCUGGUGGACAAUGUGGGUGUGACUGUGGAUACUGAAGGACAGCCGGUGGGAGGGAGCUUGGUGUUUCGGGAGUUCCGAUUCGAUUGGGAGAUAGGAUCACAUGUUGUUGCAGUGAAGAAUGGGAAGAUGGAAUUGUAUUAUAAGAAAUCAGGAAAUUGCGUGCAAGUAGUGAUGCUAUCGAGUGAUGCGGGCGGGGAACUUGUCGUGGCAAGUCAGGAGGAUGUAAGUGGGGAAUUUGUAGCUGUCUCGAUGAGUUCAAAGGUUAUUUUCUAUCGAAAAGUACCUUGGGAAGAACAAAUUAAAGACCUACUACGGAAGAAAUGCUUUAAAGAAGCCAUCUCCUUGGUUGAAGAGCUUCAGAGUGAAGGUGAAUUGACCAAGGAAACAUUAUCAUUUAUUCAUGCUCAAGUAGGAUUCCUCUUGCUGUUUGACUUGCAAUUUGAGGAGGCAGUCAAUCAUUUCUUGCUUUCAGAAAUGCAGCCUUCUGAACUUUUCCCUUUCAUCAUGCGGGACCCGAAUCCCUGGUCACUUCUGGUUCCAAGGAACCGGUAUUGGGGCCUGCAUCCCACAACACCUCUUGAAAAUGUUGUUGAUGAUGGAUUAAAGACUAUUCAAAGAGCUAUAUUUCUAAAAAAAGCAGGCAUUGAGACUGCAGUAGAUGAUGAGUUUAUUGUAAAUCCACCAACUAGAGCUGACUUAUUGGAGGCUGCAAUUGAAAACUUCAUCAGGUAUAUGCAAGCGUCUCGUCAUAAAGAUUUGACUCCUUCACUGAGGGAGGGAGUUGACACUCUCUUGAUGUACCGUCUAUAUAGGCUCAAUCAUGUCGAUGAUAUGGAAAGGCUUGCAUCUUCUGAGAACAGCUGUAUAGUGGAGGAAUUAGAGAUGUUAUUGAAUGACUCUGGGCAUCUACGUACACUUGCAUUUCUUUAUGCUAGUAAGGGAAUGAGCUCUAAAGCUCUUGCUAUUUGGCGUGUAUUGGCGAAGGUUACCUCUGGUCAGGAAACUGCCGUCGCAGAGGCUUCAAAUAUUCUUGAAGAGUCAUCUGACCAGGAUUUGGUAUUACAGCAUCUGGGAUGGAUUGCAGACAUCAACCCGGUGCUUGCUGUUCAAGUUUUAAUAUCUGAUAAAAGAAGCAAUGUGCUCCCUCCAGAUGAGGUAAUAGCAGCAAUUGAUCCCAAAAAAGUGGAAAUUCUUCAAAGAUAUCUCCAAUGGUUGAUAGAGGAUCAAGAUUCUGAUGACAUUCAGUUCCAUACAAUGUAUGCACUCUUGCUUGCUAAGUCAGCACUGGAAAGUUAUGAAAUUGAACAUGGAUCUCAAAAUUCAGAAGCUGGAACUUCAAAGGAGCUGAAUGUUUCUCAUCAUGGAUCAAAUUCAAUAUUUGACAGCCCUCUUAGAGAAAGAUUGCAGAUCUUUUUGCAGUCUUCAGACUUGUAUGACCCAGAAGAGGUCCUUGACUUGAUUGAAGGAUCCGAAUUGUGGCUGGAAAAGUGUUUCAACCAUUUGCUCUGCUAUUCUUACAGGAAGCUUGGUCAAGAAACAUUAGUGCUCCAAAUAUUGGCCUUGAAGCUGGAGGACUGUGAAGCUGCGGAACAAUAUUGUGCAGAAAUUGGUAGACCAGAUGCCUACAUGCAACUGCUUGAGAUGUAUUUGGAUCCGAAGGAUGGCAAAGAGCCCAUGUUUAAGGCUGCUGUCCGCCUUCUCCACAAUCAUGGAGAAGCACUUGACGCUUUACAAGUCUUGGAGAGGUUGUCCCCUGACAUGCCCCUCCAGCUUGCUUCGGAUACUAUAUUGAGAAUGCUGAGCCGGCUUCAUCAUCAUUGGCAAGGGCAAAUUGUCCAUAAUCUAUCCCGUGCUUUAGAUGUCGAUGCGAGCUUGGCACGAUUGGAGGAAAGGUCACGCCACGUGCUGAUCAAUGAUGAGAGUGUUUGUGAUUCUUGUCAUGCUCGGCUUGGAACCAAAUUAUUUGCAAUGUACCCAGAUGACACAAUUGUCUGCUAUAAGUGUUUUCGUCGUCAAGGUGAAUCCACCUCUGUCACAGGUCGUAAUUUCAAGGAAGAUGUUUUAUAUAAACCAGGCUGGUUGGUAACACGGUGACCAUGGAAAAGCAGAUGAUCUUCUAUGUCUUGAGCUGGCUGCUUGGCAUGAUCAAGAACUCCGGUAUGCAAUUGCCAAAGAGGCCACCUAAUGGGUCAAAUGUUGUUUCAUUCCAUAUUGCAGUUAGGUAAUUUUUGGCACAAUGCCCUCUGGCCUUUCAAAGGAGAAUACUGCUUUCUUUGGAGUAGCAUGCUCCCUGUUGAUAGGACGUAAUUUAUUUACUUGGGUUGAAGAAGACUCCAGAGUAAGGGCAAAAUCUUGCCGAGACUUAUUUGUGUAGCAGGACUCCAGAAGGGCUCUAGUAUUCUUUGGUUAAAUCUGAACAGAAAGGUGGAAGUGUAGGUAACUCUUGCUGGCGGCUAAAGUUUUGUCUGAUUGUAAUGUAUCAAAUUCUUGUAACCAUAUUAAUAGGUGUUCAGAAUGGAAAUUUUAUAUAGAUGGCAUUCUUUUCUCCUUCAAUGCAAUUUUUUCUUCUGUUGAAAAUAAAGUUUACCUUUAAAAUUGGUGUUCAA